AUGGCCAUUGGUUCUUGGCGAAAAAGAGGACGAAUGAAGCUGGGAGACGACGCUGCUUUCGCGUCGUGGAGCGAGUGGCAUCGCCCUCCUUCCCAUGCCAGCCGUCGCCCUCCAGCCAGCCGCCUAGCCCGCCGUCGCUGUCCGCAGCCGUCGAGCUCGUUCUCGUCCCUGCCAUCGGAGCUCGCCGGCCACACCACCCCCGAUCCGCUCAACCCGAAGCUCGCCGGCCACUCCGUCGCUCGAUUCACGCCGGUCGGAGGAGAGCCAGAGGAGAGGGGUCGCCGCCGUGGGAGCCGAGGUCGCCGGCCGCGCCGCCCUUGCAGGGCCGGAAGAGGAGGAGGAGGGGAGGCGCUCGAGCCUCCGGUUGCGAGUGGCAUUGGAGUGAGCGGCGCCAGCGGUCGUGGGGGACAGGAAGGGCGUGUCGCCUCCGCGUCGCUCGGAGCUCGCUGGCCGCUCCGAGGUCGCCCCGUACCGCCAGAUCCGCGUUGCCGGCCUGAGGAGGAGGGCAGCGCGGCGACGACCAUGGUGGCGGCGACGAAACUACGGCCGCAGCCAUCCUCGCGCCGCGCCCGGACGAGCCGUCGCCACUGGAUCUGGCGAGCUGCCACGCCGUCGUCGAGACUCGUCGCUGCCACGCCGUCUUCGAGACUCGUCCCCGCCAUGCGAGAGGAGGGGAGGCCAAGAAGUUCGCCACCGUCGAGCGCCAAGCCCGCCGCCCCGCCAAGACCGCCGCCGCCGUCGCCUCCUUGCUGCCGAGUGAGUGGCCUCCAUGCCAAGACCGCCGCCGUCGUCUCCUCCUUGCCGCCACCGCCGUCGUCCCCAGAUCCACCGACGCUCCGCCCGGCCACCCCAGCGCCGUCUCCGCUCGCCACUGCUCCGCCCGGCCCCGUCGCCGUCGAGGCCGCCGCUCCGCUCGAACGCCUCAGUGCCGGCUCCGCUCGAGCGUGA